GGAGGGAGAGUGCUAAUACAUCCUGAUCAGGUCACCGUUCGCUCGAGGUAGCCAUCCGAGUGUGACGAGGCAUCGGAAAAAGAGUCAGGAGACUCACCAAAUCAUCCUGUGGGGCACGCUCUGAAGCAAAGGCCACCUGAAUGUCAAACCCGCGUGCGAUGCCCAUCUUGGAUCCCCGAGAUUAUGGUAGAGAUGGUCGAAGGGAUAGCGAAUCCAUGCAAUCCGAGUAUGGGGAGCCUUCCUCCUCGACCCUGAAGCGUCCCUCUACAGAUGGAACGCAGACAUCGUCACGGAAGAAAUCCAAGGUGGUCACGGCUUGCUCGCAAUGCGUCAAGCGGAAAUCCCGAUGCGAACUCGUCACCGAGGCGGGAUGUCAUCGAUGCGUCGUCCUCCAGACCGAUUGUUCGCUACGAGGCACGGUCCCAAUAGCUGGACCGUCAUAUUCGAGCGCCCAGUCUCACAGCGGGGAAUCUCCAGAGCAGGUCGGGUCCGAGCUGCAUUCACGGCUCGAACGGAUAGAAGAUCGUCUGGAUCGCCUGUUGGACCGCAGGGAACAUAGCUACGUCCAGCCUCUGUCUGAGCGGGAGGAAGCGAUCGACUGGGUGACGAUGGCCCCGGAUUACAAUGCUACCGGAUCGCUAUCGUCGCAUGCAUUCAAGGUGAUGGGACGUCCAAAGCUGAACUUUGAAGAUCCCGUGGCUUCGGGGAUCGUCAGUGCAAUCGAAUUGAGAUGCGUUCAUGACAAGUUCGUAGCGGUCUGUGACGACAUCUUCCUCGUCACCCAGCUGGGUAUAUCAAGCAGCUCUCCACCGUCAAACCUCUUUGUGCAGACCUGCAUGCUCUACUUUGUCGCCUGUUUCAAGGACUCGACCUUUUCCAUGCCUCGAGAACAACGCCAUGCGAUCUAUGCCCUGAUGGAUCGGCAAUACGUGAUCAUGUUACGGGCAGAUCCGUCGAGAGACCUCGUGCUCGGGCUAUUGAUCCUGGCGUUCUCGUCGUUACCUCAGCUCGAGCAGAACGUGAUCUACGCAGACCCGUUUCGAUCUUCCGUGUUGGCGUACAACAUGGCGGCCGAUUUGGGACUGGAAGAGUCGAUGAGGAAGCUCAGGCUGCUUCGACCAUCAGAGAUCACGUGGGCGGUCUAUGAAAAGCUGCUCAGGGAUGUCGGAUUGUGGUACUCGAUCUCGCAUCGUUACGUAUGGAGCAAGAUCGUGGGCAACCCAAACUGGGAAGCCGGGCGAGCCUCUGUGCCCUUUCACCUCCUGGCGCCAUUGGAUACCGAGUUUAUUCAACAGUCCAGCCUGUUGUCACACCUUUGGUUGGAGUCUGACUUGCUGGACACCGCUUCUAGUCCGGCCCGGGCUUGUGGGAGGAUGCGGAUAGAGCAACAAUUCCAUCAACACCAGCUCGACGACUACGCCCUGGAUCUGGAGCGCGCUCAGGCGAGGAUCGUCGAGCAGAGACGCGCCAUUCAGGCGACCCCUCGUCGACGGCCGCAUACCUCGUCCUGGAGUCGUAUCAUCUCGCAUUUUCGCUGAGCAUGCAGGGAUCCACCGAAGCGCGCAACAUGCCUUCGCCCCUCGCCGCCCAGUUGCGUAUCGAUUGCCUCGUGCGGUUCGGCU